AAUGAAGUGGGAAAGAAAAACGUCAGUAAGUAUUUGGGCUUUUGGUAAUUUCCAGUUUUCUUAACGAAAACCUGGAAGCGUUCGCUUCUGUGAGCGAGCCGCUCUGGAACGGAGAGGAGAAGCCCGCCGGUUUCGUCUGCUUGAGAUUUUAACGGGAGAGAUCCAUUGAUCUCCGUCGAAAUUAUGCAUUCGAAACCCUAAUUUUUGUUUUUCGUCGUUGUAUCCUUUUCUUAUUGGCUGUAGGAAAUCAUGCUUUCCAUAAUUAAUUGAUUUCUCAAUUGAUCAUCUAGUUUGAGGUUUUCUGUUGUUACGUACUGAUCAAUCUCUCUCUGGAAGUUUUUCUUUUUCUUGAUUUGUUUCUGGGUACUGAGAUACUAAGGUUGGAUUUGGAAUGGGGAAGGCUACCGAUUAUUCAUCUAAUCAUCGUUCGCCAAGUGGAACUGGUUUGUCCGGCGAUAAUAUCAACAGCUCCGAGUUUCGGCGGAAGAAUCUUCAGUCUCCGUGGGCUCAAAUCGUCCGAGGUGAGCCAGAAUCGAUCUCACCCGUCGAUCAGUCCCAGCUGUCGUCGUCCUCGUCAUCGCUCUCUUCGCUAGCGGUUUCUGCUACAGAAACCCCCGCUCCUGCUUCACCGCCGUCCGAUAUCUUUACAUCUUCCGAGAACUAUGAUGCAAAUGACGGUAAUGCAACGGCUACGUCGAAGAAGCAGGCUUGGAACAAGCCUACGAAUGGCGUUGUUGAGGGUGGUCCUGUAAUGGGGGCAGACUCUUGGCCUGCUCUUGCUGAAUCCGCGAGGGCUUCACCCAAAUUAGCGGUUGAUUCUCCUCCGAAGGUUACCAUCGAAGUAUCAGUCCCCCUUUCUCAGGGAUCUAUCAAUGUACCCCCUCAGCGGCAAGCUACAAAUAAUGCCAAAUCGAACUCAAGUCUGAAGCAUACAGUGGUUGCUCGACAUAGACCAUCAAGGCGGGGUGGUGGUGGUGGUGGAAGCUCAGUGGGAGGGCCUGCACGAGGCUUUUAUCGCCCUCCGCCACCUCCGCCACCUCCACCACCACCUCCCCCACCACCUUUUCCUGUAUUUCAAAUUCCUCCAGCUAGUUAUUGUAAUCUGAUGCCAGCAAUUCCUGAUCCUUCUUCAGGAGAACCACUGUUCAGUAACUGGGAUCCACGGGGUGUUGCAGGCUUUGUGCCUCAAAUAAAUUUUGCCACUGAUCACCGAAACUUCUUUCCUAGGGGGACUUUAGCCCUCCACCCCCGUGGUGAUGGUCACUACCAUAACAAUCGUGGAGGAAAACGUGGUCAAGAUCGUGGAAUAUAUCCUAAUGCUCGAGAUGCUCAUUUUCAGCCGCACAGGCCUCAUACUAGAGGCUUUAUGAGGCCUUUGCCACCUUACACUGCUCAGUUUCCCCAGGCUGUUAGACCUCAUGGGAAUCCCAUGACUCCUCCAGAGUUUGUCUAUGUUCCUACGUUGCCCUUGGAGCCUUACAGAGGCAUGCCUUUCAUGCCACGACCUGCGAAUUAUCCUGCUGUAGAUCCCACUCUAUCUGCAUCAAUAGUUAAGCAGAUUGAAUAUUAUUUCAGCGAUGGUAAUUUGGUAAAGGAUGAUUACUUAAGGUCCCAGAUGGACGAUCAAGGCUGGGUGCCAAUUUCUCUGAUAGCUACCUUUCCUAUGGUACUGAGUUUGACUAACAAUAUUCAAUGGAUAGUAGAAUCCUUGAGAGCAUCAACUGAAGUGGAAGUGCAGGAUAAUAAGAUCAGACGGCGAAAUGAGUGGAAGAAAUGGACAACAAAAUCCAAUUGGUAUAGGACUGAUUUGGUCUCUUCUACUCCAAGUGGAUCAGGUCAUGAUACUCUAGCAAAUUCUUUUCAAAGGGUCAGAGUGGAUGAAGGUAUGAACCAAAGUAUGACCAGUGAUAGUGAUCCUCAUAAUACCAAGAGUACUACUGAGUUGCAAUCUUCCGAGACAGGUGCUCGUUCAAAACUUACUAAUGGGGAGGUGAAUCAGGAUGUUCAGACUGAUAUCUGAUCAAUUUUGUUCUCCCAAAGGUUCUAGCACAUGUUGGUUAGGAUAAUACCAUGUCUACUUACAGAGGGUCUGGCUGCUAACUCUCUCUUCCUCCAUGUGUCAUGCCAUUUCUUGUCAUGCUCAUUUUGGCAGUUUAAAGAGGCUAGUUUUUGGGGAUACGAAGAGUAUUUAUUUAUUAUUCCAAAUAUAAAAGAAGAGAAGUUUAGUUUUGGUAUACGCGUAGUUGAAGUACAUUCUCAAUGUUUCUCAUGCUUUAUGGAUGACAUUAGUGACUGAAGUAUAUAACAUUCAUUGAACACUAUUCUGAAUCAUCAAUGACCAUUUUUUUUUGGAAGGAAA